GAGGUGUAACGUCUGGUAGAGGUUAGGUGGAGCUGCUUGGGGGCUGCUGGGGUCUUCGCCGCCGCCGCCGUCGCCGCCGCCUCCUCCCUCCCUCCCUUUUCCCCGUCCUCUUCUCCCGGGUCCUAGGAGCCCCCGCGUGGGCCUCUGGGUGUUGAACCUUAUCUGGACAAGCCUCACGGCGGCUGGAACGGCCCUGCGCACGGCGAGCAUCUGUAGAUGAGCGCGGUGCCUCGGGAGAGGUGUGACCCUCCACCCCCUACGCGGUGUGGCCCAGCUGGCUGAAUGUGGCGCUGGCGGUGGGCCUCCGCUCUGCCAUCAGGGCCCAGCCGUCUGCUUUCACUCUCCCCUGUAGCCCACGCGGCUGCCAACGCAGCCUUCCAGAAGCACACAUCUCAGGCCACUCCCUGCUUAACCUAGAGUAGUUCCGGCUCGCUGCUCUUUGGUGUGAAGUCGGAACUAGCAAACAUGACCCUUAGGACCCCGAGUUUCCCGUUGGAAGGGCAACGCACGCGCCUGUCUUCCUGGUUGCUGAGCGAACGCUUCCUCAUCCUCGAUGUUAGCUGGUGUGUCGCUUCUCCUGACACCUGUGCUCUGCCAGCACCUUGUACCUCUCCGCAGCCCUCACACAUGUCUGGUUGUGUAUCCGCCUGGCCGUCUCCCUGUUCACAGACAGCACCUGGCACAGAGUCAGGCUCAUGGGUAACCGUGGACUAGACCCCGCAGUGAGCUUGUUUCUGCACUCGCGACGGAGGGAGGCAGGCGUGGGGCUCCUCGGGCCCUGCUGGGAUCACCCGGAAUGUCUGCUGUAGGAGGCUUGGGUUCCUUGCUUUGUUUUCAUUUCUCUUAAGUGUAGAUCAGGGUUCUCUGUACCUUGGGUUCAGAAGCCACUGAGUCAGGUGUCAUGUAGGGUAAGGAAAGAACUAGAAGCCAGGACUCUGGGUGUCCUGCUCUGACAUGAAGAUAGCUUUGCAGAAUGACUUGAAUGCAAGAGACGGGGGGCAAUGCCCUCUAAUGGGUAGAAGCAGGCUGGGGGACACUGGCCACUCCUCUGCGUCAGGCAGGAUCGUGUGACCAGCAGAAGCAUGCGGGGAGCCCAGGGCCCUCAACCUGGCUGCUUCCCUCCUUUUUUUAUUCAGGGACACCGCUGCUGAGUCUGGUGCCUGAGCAAAGACGUGGCUGGUGACAGCAUGACGAGCGAGGUGAUAGAGGAUGAGAAACAAUUCUAUUCCAAGGCCAAGACGUACUGGAAGGAGGUCCCGGCCACCGUGGACGGCAUGCUCGGGGGGUAUGGCCACAUCUCCAGCAUCGACAUCACCAGCUCCCGGAAGUUCCUGCAGAGGUUUCUGAGGGAAGGCCCAAACAAGACGGGAACCUCGUACGCCCUGGACUGCGGAGCCGGCAUCGGAAGGAUCACCAAGAGGCUGCUCUUGCCUCUCUUCGGAGUGGUGGACAUGGUGGACGUGACGGAGGACUUUCUGGUCAAGGCCAAGACCUACCUGGGUGAGGAAGGCAAGAGAGUGAGGAACUUCUUCUGCUGCGGCCUCCAGGACUUCAGCCCGGAGCCGCACUCUUACGACGUCAUCUGGAUCCAGUGGGUGAUAGGCCACCUGACCGAUCAGCACCUGGCCGAGUUCCUGCGGCGCUGCAAGCGGGGCCUCCGCCCCAACGGCAUCAUCGUCAUCAAAGACAACAUGGCCCAGGAGGGCGUGAUCCUGGACGAUGUGGACAGCAGCGUGUGCCGGGACCUCGAUGUGGUCCACAGGAUCGUCCGCAGCGCAGGCCUCAGCCUCCUGGCCCAGGAGCGGCAGGAGAACCUUCCGGACGAGAUCUACCACGUGUACAGCUUAGCCCUGAGAUGAGUGGGGCUGGCAGGAGAGAGGGACCAGUGUGGGUGGGGGAGGACUGGCAGCUGCACGCGGUCCACACGCUCAACCUCGAUGGUUCGGGGGUGCUGAGCGGGGCCACGAAAUAUACCUGUCUGCCGUCCACUCACUAUACAGACUCUUAUUAAAAAGGCAUAAGGGGACCCAGUCGGGAGGGGUGCCACUGAAUGGGGCAGCGAGGCCGGAGUGAGCGGCGGGGACUGGGCCCUGUGGACCCAUGCGACCCCUGGGCCUCCGAUGCUCGCCUCGUGGGAAUCUGGCGGUCCCAUCAGAAGUGAGACUCCCUGCUCUCCAGUACCACCACCUGGCCUUCCUGCCACAGGCCUGGCUGGCGUAAGAGGAAGAGAGUAACCCCUAAAGCGGUUGCCGAGGACCUUGUAUCUCCAGAGGGGAGGGGAGCGGAGCUGGGCCCGUGGAGCCUGCGGCCCUCAGCACCCUCCUGCCUGCGCUGAGCCUACGUGGUGCCUGCCGAGCGGUGCAGUUGAUGGGAUGUCCACGUUCCGGGUGCUAUUUGGAGAUGGGGCCCUGGGGCCCUUAACGUGACCGUCACCACAGCCUGCAGGGAGGGGAGAGGCCUGGAGCUUCCCUCUCGGCUGUGCCUUGUGGCUCCUCCUUAGGGGGCAUUUUCAGUCAAAAAUAAAAGGGUGAACCCCUGUACUGGAAAGGCC